ACAUCGGAUUCUUCUGUCUGAGCUUGUGAUCUUUUACAGACCUUGUAGGGUCAGGAAUGCAUCGCAGUUGUGAAGGAUAAAUAAACUUGUUAUUUUAGCUUUGAGAUAUAAGUCAAAAUUAUGCAGGCAUCAAAAGAAAGAAGCGGAUCCUCAGAAGUGCCGCAAAGGGUCUCUCCUCGAGCUGUUCGUCAACUCAAGCCAACCAAAGCUUUUGAGCGCUAUUCACCAAGAAGACUAGUCUCUGAGAAGAAGCUCCCCGGCAGAAUAUCAGAAUUGGAGUUGCAAAAUUCACAGCUUCAAGAAGAACUAAAGAAGGUGAAGGAUCAGUUAAAUUCAUCCGAAUCAUGCAACAAGGAAGCUCUGCAAGAUGCCGAGGAGUUCAGGAAGCAAAUGUUGGCCAUGUCUGCAAAGGUUGAAAUUUGUCGAAAGCCGCUACUUGAGCCUGCUUCUGAGAGGCCUCUUAUUGUUGAACUCGACACGGUAUCACAAGGGGGGGAUCGAGCCUGGCUGUCAGAGCUUGAAGCUAUCCGAAAGCAGCAGUCUGUUUACAUAGAUGUGAAUGAGAUUCAGCAACUUAAGGAUCAUCUUGAAAUGGUGGCUGAAUCUGAGACUAAACAAACCAAGCAAGCAGAUUCAGCACAUUUGGAUCUCGAGAACUUGAAAGGAAACCUGGUUGACACUCUUUCUCUUGUAUCGAACAUGAAAAACCGGCUAAAGGACGGCCGAGAAUCGGAAGCUCCAGCUGAAGUAUUGGCCAGUGAAACUCUUUUACAACUAGAAGCUGCGAGAAAGACUGUGGAGGCGCUUAGAUCGGAAGGCGUGAAGGCCGUUGAAGCUUACAAUUCCAUUGCUUCAGACUUACAUCAAUCCAAGGAACGUGUUUAUUCACUGCAAGGUCCUUUGAACAAACUUAAGGCAGACCUGACUGAUGCUGGGGGCAACAAUUCCCUAGAUUCAGAUGGUGAUCAUAUCGUAGUUGAGCACCAAACCCGAGAAGAUGAGAAACAUGAGGAAUCUCAUCAGCUUGAAGCAGAGAUUUCUUCUUUAAGAUCUGCUCUUGAAACUUCUGAGAUUAAACGCCAUGAAGAACAAAUCCAAAGCAUUAUACAGAUAAAGAGUGCCAAUGAACAGAUGGACCGGAUAAAAUCAGAAGCAAACUCGAGAGAGGCUGAGUUGUUAGCUAAACUUCAGAAAGCAAACCUUUAUAUUACUACUUUGAAGGCAAAUUUGAUGGCUAAGGAGACCGAAUUGCAGGGUAUUUCGGACCAAAAUGAAGAGCUACACAUGAAGCUUGAGAAAAGCCCGUCAUGUCAACUAGAACCGGAACAAAAUGAGCUCAAGGCAUUGAAGGAAGCUGUUGAUGACCUGAAGGCAAAUAUGAUGGAUAAGGAGACAGAACUUCAAUAUAUGGAAGAAGAGAAUGAGAUGCUCCGGUCGGAAAUCCGUAAACGAGACAUGAACAUAAGCAAAACAAACGAUAAGGUGGCUGUUGAGCUAGAGUUGGCAAGGGCUGCUAAGCUAGAAGCUACUACGAAGCUUGAACUUGCAAUGGAGGAGGCAGAUAAGAAUAGCAGGAGAGCAACCAGGGUGACCGAACAGCUUGAGGCCAUGCAGGCAGACAAUUCGGCAAUGGCGGUCGAGUUGAGAAGAUUGAAGGUGCAAUCAGAGCAGUGGCGCAAGGCUGCAGAAUUAGCCGCAGCAAUGCUUACGGCAAGUAAUAAUGGGAAGAAGUUCAUUGAAAGAACCGGUUCACUGGAUAGCAACCAUUAUUCAAAGAUUGGCUCCCCUUUUACUGAAGAUAUGGAUGAUGAUUUUCUGAAGAAGAAAAAUGCCAACAUGCUGAAGAAGAUUGGGGUCUUAUGGAAGAAACAACAGAAAUAA